GCGUUUUCCUUGGGCCGGGCGCUGCGAGGGGCCGGCCGCGUCCCCAUUGGUUGUCGGGGAAAUAAGAUCACCUCCUGGACCAUAGUCAUUUCCGGAGCUGAGCUGCGGCGAGAAGAGGGUCCCCAUGAUGAAACGGGCAGCUGCAGCAGCCAUCGGAGGAGCCCUGGCCGUGGGGGCUGUGCCCGUGGUGCUGGGCGCCCUGGGCUUCACCGGGGCAGGGAUCGCGGCCUCCUCCUUAGCGGCCAAGAUGAUGUCAGCGGCCGCCGUCGCCAACGGGGGCGGCGUCGCAGCCGGCAGCCUGGUGGCGACUCUCCAGUCCGUGGGGGCAGCUGGACUCUCCACAUCAUCCAACAUCCUCCUGGGCUCCGUGGGAUCAGCUUUUGGGGCUUGGCUUGGAGGUACAAAAAAGGUACCUCCUUCCCCUCCCCCGGCUGAACCCAGGGCUGAAGGCGGCCAGCCAGGAGAAGAUGUAUCCCAAGCUGAACCUCCCAACCCCCCCUCAAGUCGGAGAAGCUUGAGAAAUAAAGUCACCUGCCCGUUCCCUGUCUUUGUUCCUGGCUGCCCCGGGCUUGCUGAUACCUUGAGGACGCAGGUGGUCGGAAGCGAGCUAAGUGAAGGUUCCAGAUCUCCUGGAAACACCCCUGGGAGUCCCCCAUUCUCAGUCUAUGGAAAGAUGCCCAUCUUCAGUAGCAGCAGGAGAUGCUAUAACCUGGCUGCAGCAUCCUGGGUGCCUAUCAGUGAAGAAACUAGAGGAUCUCAACAUUUGCACAGAGACCUCAUUCUCAGUAUGAAGUUCUGGGUGCCUCCUGGCCCAGACACCCAACCUCGCCAAAACUAAACCUCCAGGUGUCUGCUAGAGGAGGCUACCUGGGGGUCUGCCUGCUUCCUUAAGAGACUGCCAGCCAGCCCUCCUGCUGCCAUUGCACCUUAAGGCCAACCUCUAGUAUCACAUACCGCUCCAGUGGCUGAGGCUUUGGGGGUCCCAGGAGCAAAGGUGCCUCUUCCUCCCCUUCUCCACGGAUACCUUAAGAUUCGGCUUUCUGGGGAAAGCUAAGUGGAACCAGAUGUCCGUGUGAUUUCUGACUUCUAAAUUGUGUUACCGCCAUCUUUUCCUCCUGUCUCUUUGUUCAUGUGGGUUUAAGCCUUUCUUUAGUCCUUUACUGCUAUUUUAGUGAUAUUUUGAGAAGGAACAGGUAAAGCGAUCUCUCUGUUGG